CCAAUCAAGGUAAAGGUGUGGGCACACCAUGGUCCUUCAAACCCUUGUGGCCCCCUGAUUAUGUGUCCAUCUUUCAACCAUCUGAUGGGUUUGUGUCUGUUCAACUUGCCUUUUCUAAAAAUGACCUUGUCAGUCUUCAGUUCCAGGAUCCUGCUAUCAGCAGGAUGAUCUUGCACCUUUCUGAGCCAAAAGCUCCUCAACAUCUUUCUCUGGGAUUUGACUCCGUUCCUGAGCCGCAUGCUCUCUCUUAUGUUUGUGUCACUCCUCUUUCAGGUGUUGUUGACCACAACUGCGCUGGACUGACCAGGGAAUCCAGUACCUCCAAGAUCGGUGAUGUCCACAAAGCCUGUGUGGUCCCUGCAGCAGAACCACUCCUACCUGAGUUGGGGAAGCCACCUGACCCAGGGGAAGCUGAUGCUUGCAGCAACGCUCCACCUGAGACUCCACACCCUGCAGUGGGGACACCACCUGCCACAGGGAGAGUUGAUGGUGGCACAGAGACUCCAGCUGAAGCCCAGUACUCUGUGGUGGGAACACCACCUACCAAGAGGGGGGCCGACGCCAUCACUGACCUUACUCCACUACAGCUGGCGCUGAUGACCUCUAAACCUCAGGUGGGUGACUUACCUACCAAAAGGGGGGUCGGAUGUCGCCCUGUACCUUUUCUGGCUGACCCUGAUCGCACCUGUGUGUCGACCGGGGGCCCUCCAGAGAGCACAUCUGCUCCGGACCCUCCCUCCUUUAAUAUGACUGUAUGAGCCUGGGGUCUCUUCAGGGGUCUCACUCCGAAGACUCCCAGAUCUUUUGAUGUCCAACCAUCACCUGCUGUUCCAGCCAGUUCAGUCUGGUGGCGCUGUGGCUUUCACUUGUGAGCGGGCUUUGCAGAGCCUUAACAACAAUCUGCAUGCUGUCUUUUCUGUUCCACAGAUAAAUCUGAAGAAACCAGCAGGGGGCAGUAUGACUCCUCAUGAUCUGAGGAUACUUGUACUUGGAG